GUGGUUCUUUCUCAGGUGUUAACCUCCAUUGGCGAAUGGCCAAUGACUAGGAUUGAUUUGUCUCGUUUUCUGUUGUUUUGGUUUCCUAAGCUUGCGUUCGUAUUCCUCCCCCACCGCCUCCCCUCUUCCCCCACCUUACCACAGCUCCUGGCAAAGAGGAGCUGGCAGUAGGGCAUGCAAAAAGCUGUUACUUUGAAAUUUGAAAGGAGUAUAAGAAGGUGUUAUGACCUUCAUUUCGUUACGAAGAAGCAGAGUUCUGGCUGCCUUCAUGCCAUGGCUUAUUGCAGUCGUGUGCAUACUGCGGCAAAGCUUCCCUGUUGUUGUACGCCAAGGCUGUGUUCGGGCGGGCUCAAGCUGCUCGAGUCCACCGGAUUGGCAAAAGAGUUAUGUUUAUGUGCAGAUGCGUUGUCUGUCAUUUGAUGGUAGGUGAGGAAUUGGUGGGUCUGAGCUGCUCAGAUUGUUGACCGAGUAGGUGGUGAAGGAAGCGAGUCUCCGUGCUCUGUCUGAAAUGAUGUGGUGUUCCGGUUCCUCCUAGAUUGCUGACGGACGCUGGCGAUCGGAGGGACGUUGGGGCAUAUUGCUUGGCUCGAUUGGUUAGAUUUCUUCGGCUGGGGUGUUGUGGAGGGGAGGUUUGAUCUUGGAGAUGUGACCAUAAGCAGUAAAGUAAAAGACAGACUUCUGUGGGAAAGGGUUUUGAAGUCUUCAGGACGAUAGCAGGGAGGUGUGGCUGGAGAAUACGUGGGUUUGUCGAACAGCGAUCCCCCUUCGAGAGAUGACAGGCAUGCAGAGUGUCGGAGAGGCUGCUGCUGAGGUAGGGCAUGCAGGUGGUCCAGAGGAUGCAUGGAAGAGCAGUAGAGGGCUUGGUGGGGGGGUUGCAUUACAGCAAGGCAGUUGUCCAGCACAGGGUAGUCGGAUUGCACCGUUCCCGCAUACAAUGCCCCAUCCCUGGCCGCCUAUGCCGAUUGUGCAGGCCUCUCCUUUUCCUCCUCCUCCGCAGCUUACACAGCCACCUGUCUUCGUGUCGCCCCCUCCAUAUCUUCCUUACUUGUAUCCGGCUGUCCCAGCUCCUUACUAUGUGGCACCUUACACCAACCCAUAUGCUACAUUCCCAGUUCCUCCUCGCUCUGAUGUAGCCGCGCCUUAUCCCUGUACCACUUGGCCCUAUCAGUACACCUAUGCAAGUGGUCUGGAGCCAGCUGUCAACAAUUCUGCCUCUCCUGUUUCAGUUGCAUCGGGGGUGCCGUCAUUUUCGGGGGGGGUUGAUCGGAUGGCGCCAGUGGUGUCGGUGGUUACCUCAUCAGGAGGAGGGCAUGCAAGGAGAGCAGAUGGUGGAACAGCGGGGCCGGCACCAACACAAUCUGAUAUGGUUGUGUCUGAGGAGGUCCACACUGCGUCAAUGGAUAGCCUUCGUCUCAGACUCGAUUGUUCAUUGUCGUAUGCAAGGAAGCGGGGCCGUGAACGACUGGCGGGUCGUCGAUCGCUUUCCAGAAAGCAAGAGCAACCAACUCUGUCCACAGAAAUGACCGACGAGGAUCGGCGGAAGCUACUGUCUGCACCGGUUGACCAGUGGGUUGAUUCCACGUAUGAGGCUGCACUUCGGUUCAUGAAUGUGAAGCGAAGGCCAAGGUCGUUAUCGAGGCAGGAAGAUGCCUCUCAGGGGAAAGUAAAAGCAGUUGAGAGCUCUGCAUCAGUGCGCAUGACCACUCGGGAACGAGAGGCUUCGAGCAUCGAUGUGGCGGAGUCGUUAUGUUGUCGCAGUUUUCCAAAAGUAGCCACCGUGGUUUACCAAAAUGGGAAUGAGAGGCAAUGUGACGGGUAUAGAAUCUCCGCAGUCCACAGAGAUCUGAACAAGGUAGCAGAGCAAGAGACAAGUGGAUGUGGGACAACAAGGAGUCCCACAGCAGACAGUGAGGUUGCCCUCGUCCAGCAUGACCUUCAGGACAGUGGCUGGCCUGCCAUUCUAUCUCACAAGGACAACCGAAAGUCGUGCAAGGGAGGCACGGGCCAGGUCAGCUGUGAGAGUGUCACAAGCUCACAGGCCGAAAUGCUGAGCAAAGGAAUGAGUGACAGGAGCAGGAUCAUCUGCAGGGAGCUCUUGGGAGGGAGGAGCACGAAGAGCGUCAAGUGGAUUCAAGAUGGUGUAGUGGCUGGAGAGGUCUGGCCCAGGCCCACAACACAAGCAAGCUAUGAUGGAGAUGGCGGUAGCUCCCUCUCUCAGUCCUCCGUUUCGGGCCAUAUGGAGGGAUGGCCUGACGACUGGCGACGCGGUUGGGCGCAACCUGAUGCAGUGAAGGCUGUCGUUUGGGGAGCGGAAUGCUCAGCUGGAGCCGACAAAACACGGAUGAACUCGACGACGACCGGGAAGAGUGGGUCCGAGCUCAUCAACGUAGAAGCUGAUGACAACACGAUGUGGAGGGUUUCGGUUUGCGAAAGGGGCCCAAGUCCCCCGAAAAGGAGGACAGAUACUAAUGGUUUGACCAGAGAAAGAGAAGAAGCAGGCAAAGCACACAAUAAGGGGGAGGUGGUUAAUGAGAGAGAGGAGGGGGUUGUUGACAUUGCAUGGGGGUCCAUGACCGGGAGGAAGUUUCGCCCAUUUGACUGCCAGGGUGCAGAGGAUCGCCAGACAAAGCCAGAGGUGAUAUCCGUGGAUGAUGACGACGACAAUGACGAUGAGAGUAACAACGGCAAAGUAUGCAGCGAUAGGGGUAGCUCUCUUGAGUGCGAGGACACACGCAAGUCUCUGAACGGCCGAGGGAUGGGAGUGGUUGAGGAUAGUUGUGGACCGGACGAGAGUCGCAAGCUCAUCUUCCAGAUGCUACUCAAGAAACCUCUCUGCGACAGGAUUUCGUCCGAGGAGAGCAAGGCGGCACUUGCGGUCCCCAAGUGUUCCGCUUCUGCCACAGCAGCAGGAGGAGGAGCAGUACUGGGGUUGUUCAGGCGUGGGGAGACUGGCCCACAACGCUUCGACAUGAACUGCACCGAGAAUCUGAGGGAUGACGCGGGAUGCCCGUUACCCGCGAGGUCCUAUGAUUCUGACACGGGCUUGGGGUUUGCACGCUGUGCAUGAGCCGUAGCCGUAGCCAGCCGGUCGUGCAAUGCUGUGUAGGAAAGACUCCGCAUGAUGCAACUGUGUGUCAAUGCAUUUCGGAGCUUAUGGGCCUCGCUCCACUACUCUGCACAUGCACAAAGGACAAAAAUUCUGAGAAUGUAUAAUACCAUGUUCUAGCAGAACAUUCAUUCUCAUUUUGCACAUUUGGUGAGUAGUGGAGCAAGGCCCUAUGGCUUUGUUCCGCUGUCUCAGAAUAGCAUGGAGCGACGCCGUUUCAUUUCAGCCGUUGAUGUGAAGAUGAAUCUACCAACGAUCGCAGCCGUUCGUUUCGUUUGUUGGUAGAGCAGUGGAACUGUCCCCGUAGUCGACGAGGACUACCGACUUAUCGCUCUUGCACUGACAUAAUGGAGCACCUUGUGAGCCCUUAUCUUUACACUUGCCAGCGGCGUGACGGCUUUUCUGUUCAGCACCGAGGAAGAGUAGCGCAUGUAGACCCAACCUGAUGCUGCCAGGCUAGUGGUUUGGAAGGUUGCUAUUUGCUCACUUUGCAUCUGGGCAGGAAGGAGUCCAGUUUGAAGUUUCUUCUGCCACUGUAAAUGUGACAUCCUAUGUUUCUCAAAUCAUCGAGAUGGGGCUAUGGCCUUCUGAAAGCCCUUUCAUGGACUGAAACUUGGGUUGUAUUUUACAUCAUCAUGCUGUGUUUCUCGAAUUGUAGGAAGGGGGCGAGUUGACACUUUACGGCCUUCUGAAAGCCCUCUCUCUCAUAGAGUGGAUCUUGGGCUUUCCAUCCUAUGCUUCGUUUGUGUACAGCGUCCCCCACCCACUCUUUUGCUGAUCUGAUCAGCUUGUAUUGUGUCCAGAAGACUUAUUAAUGAACUCUGCCUCUGAUCACACCGGUUGAUUCUCGAUUCUUGUUGAAUCGUGUUGUGAGCAACGGGUGUUUAGAGAUAGCCAGGGCAUCGAGCAUAUGCAGAGAGAGGGGAGCAAACGACCAAGUAACCAAUCGUUGUAAUGGGGGAUGGUCUCGUCUUCGAUCUAUAAUAGAGCAUCAGCUAGCUGGCCCCUACGCUGUUUCUUCAUUUCAUCUCCUCCUGGACUUCCAGCAUGCCGGAAGUCCGAUCGGUACCUGCGGAAUCCUAUCGCACGGCCAUUACCGUGGCAAUCUGCCCAAUCCCGCUUUUCAACUGUGUUCCUCUGACCAACAACAGCUUCACGAAUCGGCAUAAGGUCUAUAUAUUUCCAGUUGGCUCAAAGGGGCAGUGCUCGGUCCAACAAAUGCAAGUCGAGUCGCAGUUGUUUGAGUCUGCGGCACGAUCCUCCCAGCAAGCUGCCAAAUCCUAUCGGCAUCUGUGGAACCUACCAGGGCAUGCUGCCAAAUCCUGCUUUUCAAGUGUGUUUCUCUGAUGUACGACAGCUUUGCAAAUUCAGCAUGAGGUGUACUUCCAGUUGGCUCGAAGGGACAGUGCUUGGUCGUACACCGCAAGUCGAAGUUGUGGGAGUUGUUGCGAUCGUCCCAGUUUGAGGCAGUUGUCGCAGUUGGUUGAGGCAGUCAUCGCGAUCGUUGCAGCUGUGGCAGUCGUCGUGAUCGUCGCAGUUGUGGCAGUCGUCGUGAUUGUCGCAGUUGUGGCAGUCGUACAACGCAAGUCGAAGUUGUGGGAGUUGUUGCGAUCGUCCCAGUUUGAGGCAGUUGUCGCAGUUGGUUGAGGCAGUCAUCGUGAUC